CUCUCUCUCUCUCUCUCUAUAUUAUAAAACCAAAACAAAAGCGAAAGUAAAACACAUUUGAAAUCCCACACCAGACCCACGCAGCCACGUUCCUCUGACUCUCUCGGUUCUCAUCGGAGAAGGUCGAGAAGAGGAGGAGAGCAGAGGGAUAGGGCGGCCCCGACUGCUCCAGCCCUAACCUCUCUUUUGAUUUGAUUUAUUGGAAUCCUUAUGCUCGUCGUAAUCGCGGUGGUAUAAGAAAAUAUAAUUGACGUAGAUUUUAUUUUUGUUUUACGUAUAAUUAAGAAGGAAGAUGAGUGGUCCGCCGGCUCCGCCGGCUCCGAGACGCAACAGUGUGGCCCAGAGGCGCAGUUCCUCUUCCGUGAAGAAGUCGUCGGCGGCUUCUUCUGAGAACGGCUCCGUCAGUAAUGGGGCCAAUGCUAAGCCGUCCUCCCCUUCCAACUCUGUUGCGGAGAGGACGGUGAAGAAACUCCGGUUAUCUAAGGCACUUACAAUUCCUGAGGGGACGACAGUGUUGGAUGCCUGUAGAAGGAUGGCAGCCAGGCGCGUGGAUGCUGUUCUGCUUACCGAUGCUAAUGCCUUGCUUUCUGGAAUUGUUACUGAUAAGGACAUAGCAACCAGGGUAAUAGCUGAGGAAUUGAGGCCCGAGCAGACAGUAAUUUCAAAAGUGAUGACUAGAAAUCCUAUUUUUGUGAACGCAGACUCUUUGGCUAUUGAGGCUUUGCAGAAGAUGGUCCAAGGGAAAUUCCGGCACCUCCCUGUUGUUGAGAAUGGUGAAGUUAUAGCACUGUUAGAUAUCACAAAAUGCCUAUAUGAUGCUAUAUCAAGAAUGGAGAAGGCUGCUGAGCAGGGAAGUGCUAUUGCAGCUGCAGUUGAAGGUGUAGAACGCCAAUUUGGAAGCAAUUUCUCCGCACCAUCAGCUUUGAUAGAAACACUUAGGGAACGCAUGUUCAAGCCUUCUCUAUCCGCUAUCAUCUCCGAAAAUUCUAGGGUUGCAACUGUAUCUCCUCAAGAUCCUGUUUAUGUUGCUGCUAAAAGAAUGCGUGAAUUACGGGUCAAUUCAGUUCUUGUUAUGACAGGAAACAGUAUGCAGGGGAUUCUCACCUCAAAAGAUAUACUCAUGCGAGUUGUGUCCCAAAACCUUUCUCCUGAGCUAACUCUAGUGGAGAAGGUAAUGACGCCUAACCCUGAAUCUGCGGCGCUGGAGACAACAAUUCUUGAGGCAUUGCAUAUCAUGCAUGAUGGGAAAUUUUUGCAUCUUCCUGUUGUUGACAAAGAUGGAGGCAUUGCUGCCUGUCUGGAUGUUUUGCAGAUAACUCAUGCAGCAAUUUCUAUGGUUGAAAGUAGCUCCGGGACUGGUAAUGAUAUUGCAAAUACAGUGUUGCAAAAUUUCUGGGAUUCAGCACUUAAUUUGGAGCCCCCGGAUGAUUUUGACACUCACAGUGAAAUGUCUAUGCCCCAAUAUGCGACAUCAGAGGGUGUAGAACAAGCCAAGUCUGCCUACCCUUCUCUUGGUCUUGGGAAUUCAUUUUCUUUCAAAUUCAAGGACCAAAAAGGGCGUGUGCACCGAUUUAAUUUUGGCACGGACAGUUUAUCUGAACUUGUUUCUGCUGUUAUGCAACGGGUGGGUGCAUCCAGUGAUCAAAGUUGCCCCCAACUUCUGUAUGAAGAUGAUGAAGGUGAUAAAGUUCUCCUCACAACAGAUGGAGAUCUUCUUAGUGCUGUAACCCAUGCAAGAUCAGCAGGACAAAAGGGAAUUUCAAAGUGUCAGCAGAUUUUGAGGUUACAUUUGGAGUACUAUGAUUCAAGUCAAGAAACGACGAAGCCCUCAUCCGAUACUGUAGUUGCCGAGAAAGGUGGGGCGGCUUCUCUCCACUACGGGAUUUUUGCAGGAGCAGUUGCUCUGACAAGCAUUGGGGUAUUGGUCUACCUGAAGCGCUCAACAUUAUGAUGUAGCAUGUAGUGUUUGGUGCAUAGUUGAAUCAUGUUGUAGCAAGCAGCUGCAGUUCUCGUUACCAUCAAAUGAUUCAAUGUUCCAGUAAGAAGGGAGAAAAGCAAAAAGCGAGUGAAAGGAAUAAUUCAAGACCUCAAAAGCUGGCAAAGUUCGAUGAUUUUGUGUUCACUUCAUGUUCAUAAGCAAAUGUAGAUGGUUUAGAAAUAAUUGGUAGUCCAGAGCCUCUGGACUCUCUGUCGGCAAGAAACAUGUCAUCCCACCGAUGAUGCUUGCUGAUUUGGAAUUAUCAGUUUCUCAAUGUAUUGCAGCUGUAUUCUGAGUUGAUAUUUAACUUUAGUUUUGAUCGCUGAAA